CUCUCGGUGUCCCGGCGGCGGCGUCCCCCGCCCGCCCGCGCCUUCUGCCCCCCUCCCCCUCUCCACAGCCCCCUUCUGAGCCUCGGCGGGGCGCAGCCAUGUCGCUGCUGCAGUCCGCCCUGGACUUCCUGGCGGGGCCCGGCUCGCUGGGGGCCGCCAGCCGCGACCAGAACGACUUCGUGGGGCAGACGGUGGAGAUGGGCGACAUGAGGCUGCGCGUCCGCAGGGUCAUCGCCGAGGGUGGUUUUGCUUUUGUCUACGAAGCUCAGGAUCUUGGAAGUGGCAAAGAAUAUGCUUUAAAGAGGUUGUUGUCUAAUGAGGAAGAAAAGAAUAAAGCCAUCAUUCAGGAAGUUUGUUUCAUGAAAAAACUUUCAGGCCAUCCCAACAUUGUCCAGUUCUGCUCUGCUGCAUCUAUAGGAAAAGAAGAAUCAGACACGGGACAGGGAGAGUUUCUUCUGCUUACAGAGUUGUGUAAAGGACAGCUGGUGGAAUUCUUAAAGAAGGUAGAACCCAAAGGACCUAUCUCCUGUGAUACAGUUUUGAAGAUCUUUUAUCAAACCUGCAGAGCUGUGCAGCAUAUGCAUAAACAGAAGCCUCCUAUAAUCCACAGAGACUUAAAGGUGGAAAACCUGCUCAUUAGUAACCAAGGGACAAUUAAACUCUGUGACUUUGGUAGUGCUACAACUGUAGCUUACUACCCUGACUAUAGCUGGUCUGCACAAAAGAGAGCACUGGUUGAAGAAGAGAUCACCAGGAAUACAACACCAAUGUACAGGACACCAGAGAUGAUAGACUUGUAUUCAAAUUUUCCAAUUAGUGAAAAGCAGGACAUUUGGGCUCUGGGCUGUAUCCUGUAUUUACUCUGCUUUAGGCAACAUCCUUUUGAAGAUGGAGCUAAACUUCGCAUAGUCAAUGGAAAAUACACUAUUCCACAAAAUGACACCCGCUAUUCUGUGUUUCAUGAUCUCAUCAGCUCUUCCUUGAAAGUGAACCCAGAGGAAAGAUUGUCAAUCACUGAACUAGUGAAUCAACUGCAGGAGAUUGCAGCAGCUAGGAAUGUGAACCCUAAAUCCCCCAUCACAGAGCUCCUGGAACAAAAUGGAGGCUAUGGGAACAAUGCUCAGCCUCGGGUGUCUGUAACAUCGGUUUCACAGAGCUCCAAGCCUGCAGGACAGCUCAAUAACAUGUACAAUGCAGGCCUGACUGUUGCAGAGUGUGACCAGACUUACGGAGGGUUCUUUGAUAUUCUGAGAGGAGGAACAGAACGGUUUUUCACAAAUAUUAAGGAUACGUCUUCUAAAGUUAUCCAGUCUGUGGCCAAUUAUGCCAAAGGAGACUUGGAUAUAUCAUACAUCACUUCCAGAAUUGCAGUGAUGUCCUUUCCAGCUGAAGGUGUAGAGUCUGCCAUCAAAAAUAACAUAGAAGAUGUGAGGUUAUGUUUGGACUCUAAACAUCCUGGGCACUAUGCUGUGUAUAACCUUUCUCAAAGAACAUACAGGCCUUCAAGAUUCCAUAAUAGGGUUUCUGAAUGUGGCUGGCCAGCAAGGCGAGCACCAAAUCUUCAGAAUCUCUACAGUAUAUGCAAGAACAUGCAUUUAUGGCUGAAACAAGAUCAGAAAAACGUUUGCAUUGUGCACUGCCUUGAUGGAAGAGCCGCAUCUGCUGUUGUAGUUUGUUCUUUUCUGUGUUUUUGUCGUCUCUUCACGACUGCUGAAGCUGCAGUUUAUAUGUUUAGUAUGAAAAGAUGUCCGCCUGGUAUUUGGCCUUCUCAUAAAAGAUAUAUUGAAUACAUGUGUGACAUGAUGGCUGAAGAACCAAUUAUUCCUCACAGCAAGCCAAUCCUUAUUAAAUCAAUCAUCAUGACUCCAGUUCCUCUUUUCAGUAAGCAGCGUAACGGCUGCAGGCCUUUUUGUGAAGUAUAUGUUGGGGAUGAAAGAGUAGCUACUACCUCCCAGGAAUAUGACAAAAUGAAGGAAUUCAAAAUUGAAGAUGGGAAAGCUGUAAUUCCACUAGGUAUAACAGUUCAAGGAGAUGUUCUCAUUGUGAUCUAUCAUGCCCGCUCAACACUGGGAGGCCGACUGCAAGCUAAGAUGGCUUCUAUGAAGAUGUUUCAGAUUCAGUUCCACACAGGUUUUGUGCCCCGAAAUGCCACCACAGUGAAAUUUGCUAAGUAUGAUCUGGAUGCCUGCGACAUUCAAGAGAAGUAUCCUGAUUUAUUUCAAGUCAAUCUGGAAGUGGAGGUGGAGCCCAGAGACAGACCUAGCUGUGAGCAGCCACCAUGGGAUAACAUGAAUAUAAAGGGACUGAAUCCCAAGAUUCUUUUCUCUACCCGAGAGGAACAACAAGAGAUUUUGUCAAAAUUCGGGAAACCAGAGCUGCCUAGACAGCCAGGUUCAACUGCACAAUAUGAAGCGGAAGCAUCCCAACUGGAGCAGUCUUCAGAAAGCGCCCUAACUGAGACAGAAUCCUCACAUAGUAGUGGUACUGAUGCAAAUAAUUUCUUUCAUUCUCUGGAUUGGAAAGAAGGAAAAUGUCCAGAAAGUGGACCAGACGAUAAUUCAUCCAAAAAUGAUAAUGUUCAACUGUCUGAUGAGAGAGAAGAGAGUGAUCCUUCAGAUGAAGAAUUCCCCGCAUUUCCAAGUGAAGAAAAGGUGGUAAUUGUUGAUGAGAGAGAUUCUGGUACUCAGGAAGGAGAGUUGUCUUUUGAAGUCAAUUUUGAAGCUUCAUCUGCCUCAUCACAAAAACCUCUCACUGAAGAGAAUGUAGAUUUACUGGGAUUGAACUCUGAUAUUUCACAAGAACAGCAACAACCUAUCUCAGAAACAAGCACUUCAACAAGUAAUGCAGAUCUGUUGAACGAUCUGUUUGUGGGUAGCGCAUCACAGAUUGCAGAAGAGCCCACUGGAGAUCUUCUUGGACAAGGAACAUCUUUCUUUUACAGCAAGCAGUCUCAGUGUUCAGAUGCUGCUCAGGAGAUGACUUCAGCAUCAGCUGAUCCUUUUGGCCUGUUCACAAUGUCAUCAAGUUUUGAGAAUCUAUCCCUACCUAGUGCAGACCUCUUUGGAGAAACGCUUAAUUCAAAUUCAACAUCUACUCCUAAUACGUUUCUUUCUAACAGUAAUACACUUCUGGUUUCUUCCAGUUCAGAUCUCUUGAAUUUUGGGAAAUUAGAGACAAGUAAAAUGUCAUCUUCUACAAGCUACCCAGAUCUUUUAGGUGGAUGGGAUUUGGGGGUAGAUUGUUCCAGAUCUGUCUUUACACCAUCAGCACAAACGAAGUCUGCUGUUGAAGGAAGUCAGUCCGGUGUGUCUUCAGGUCCAGCCUUAAACCAGUCUAAGUCUCAGAACGUUGACCCUUUUGCUGAUCUUGCCAAUCUUGGAUCUGGUCUUCCAGGCUCCUCCAUGAGUGGAUUCUCUGGUAGCGGGUUUGGUCAGAAGGCUGCUCCAUCUCAGAAGUCAGGAAAUCAGUGGCAGAAAUCCACAAAACCACAAAGUACUUUGUGGCACUCCCAGACUAAACCCAGCACUACAGCUAAACCCAAUUAUAGCGGGAACUUUGGUGUUAUUGGCGGACGAGAAGAAAGAGGAGUCAGAACCCCAAGCUUUGGUCAGAAGCCAAAAGUUUCAGCAAAUGACUUUGAGGAUCUCUUAUCUAAUCAAGGGUUUUCAGCUAAAUCUGAUAAAAAAGGACCAAAAACUAUUGCUGAGAUGAGAAAGCAAGAAAUGUCUAAAGAUAUGGACCCCUUGAAACUGAAGAUUCUUGAAUGGAUUGAAGGAAAAGAGAGAAAUAUCAGAGCAUUAAUAUCAACUCUUCAUACAGUGCUUUGGGAAGGGGAAAAUAAGUGGAAACCUGUUAGCAUAGCAGAUCUAGUAACACCCGAACAAGUGAAGAAGUACUACAGGAAAGCAGUGCUGGUAGUUCAUCCAGAUAAGGCCACAGGACAACCUUAUGAGCAAUAUGCCAAAAUGAUCUUCAUGGAAUUAAGUGAUGCAUGGUCAGAGUUCGAAAACCAGGGGUCCAAGUCCCUUUUCUAAAAGUUCGUCUUUUGUUGAACUACUUCCAAGAACUGGAGUUUCAUUGUUGUGAUUUCACCUUUUCACCUAUGAUUUAUGAAGUGCUUUUCCAUGAUUUCAGCACAGUUUGCAAUCAUGCACUUAAAUGUGGUGAUGUAUUUUGUAAGAUGUGGAGUACAAAGCAUUACAUAGAUGCAUUAAGAAAACAGCUGCUCAGUACUUGAAGAAAUCAUGGUCUGGGGAUAAAGAUUUUUCAGUUUUAUAUAUGGUGAAAUGGAAUUUUAAUGAAGUUCCAUGAUCUCUGGUACACUAGUAUCAAUUCUAAAUCAUUCCACUUCUGCUGAUGUCUGCUUUAUCCUCUUCAUUCCCCUAUUUGUUAUUUUCAGUAGUUUUGUGAUUCAGUUUUGAUGUUUCGUGCCUGUCACCUUAUUCAAAGUGCUUUAGUUAUCAGUAGUAAGUCUGUUUGGAUUAUUUCAAAUCUGAAGGUGUAUAUUUUCAUCUGUAUUUUAUGUAAUCAAUCUGAUAAUCAUUCUGUAAAUAAUAUUUUCUGACAAUACCUAUGUUCCUUAUGAUAAAUUAACACUCGUUUAGCCAAAAAGACCUCAAUUUUAGGGAAAGUCAUCCAGGGUUGUUCUUGAUUUUUCUUUAGCUUUACUUUCCACAUAUGAAUCUAGAAACAAAUCUUGGCUUAAAAGUCUGCAUGUUCCUGCUCUGUUAUUUAUUAUGAACCUUUGGAAGGCAGUACUUAUUUUACUAAUUCUUUAAAUGGUAUCUUUUGUAUCUGAUUUCAGUGGAAUAUGCUUUCCAUUGGACUUCAGACACUCUGACAAAAGUGUUAUUCUGAAACUUGACGUGUAAGCACAAAAGAGAAAACAUUUUACUCUGCUUUGAUUUGUUGUCAGUGAAUGCUACAUGAUUUAUUAUCAUUUAGAGAGCAUUUAGAGUUUUAACACAUUUUUUGCAGCAUGUCUGAACUUCUGUAUUUUGAGAUAUGCAUGACAUUUGGUGUAUGUGCAAACAUGGGAUGUAUUGGUAGUGUUGUAUUUCUAGUCAUCCCCCUUCCAUGCACCAAGUACGAAAUGAGCAGAGACCCAACAUAAGAACAAAACUUGCCGUGUUCUCUCAUCCCUGUUCAGGUGGCAGUUUUCAGUAGGGCAGAAAUAAAUGAAUGCAGAUGACCAAUGACUAUUACGUUCUGUACAGUAAUGAAAUGCAGUUCUCAAAUCAGAUUUGAGAAUGUCAAAAAUCAGCAACAUCUGAAAAGAAAAACAUAGGAUUUCAGUGCCACCUGAACAGGGUUUUGGAUGCAGUUUUCCACUGCUGAGCCGGCCCAAGAGCCUGGGGGUUAGAGACUUGUGAACACAAGUUGCAAAUUGGUCCAUGUUCUAACACUGUCAACUACUUUGCUGAUGAAAGAUUGUGUAUGCAUAUUCACAUAUAUUCAGCUACUGUAUUUUUUUUUGAAGUCAGAAGCCAGGAUCAGCUAUGGAUCAGGAAGGCUAUGUAUUAUUUAUAGUUGCAGUUGUAUUUCAGUUGCAACUUUGGAGCAGUCUUAAGUCCCAUUAGAUUUAUUCUUUAUGAAAGCAGGUAAUUCACUUUCUGACUUUUCCUUUGGGACACCUCAGGUUUUUUUUUUACAUACGUGGUCUGCAUCCUUAGAAAUCAAAGGCUUGUGGUAUGUUUUGUGUGUUUGAAAUCUGGUUGGCUUUUUACAGUUCUAAGGCAAAUGAUACAAUAUAGGCUGAAGUACAGACAUUUAAUGACUGACUGCACUCCUAUAUACAGUUGAGAGAGAAAACAUUUCAAAGGGAGCUGCUUUUAGUGAGGGGAAAAAAAAAAGAAAAUGACUAGAAAAAAAACAUGUUCCUUUCAGCACAUUCAAGAAACGUAAUCUUGAGGGACACAUUUUUAUUGCUCUCUUCUCGAAUUUAAAUUUCAGAAAAAUUUUCCUCUGCAUUGAAUGCUUGGUAGCAUUUUCUGGAUGACAACUGUGUUUCUCUGGUUUUAUUUGUCCACUCCUAUUUACAAAAAAAAAAAUACUUACAAAAAUUUGCUUGAACAGCAGCCUUAGAUGCGAUUUUAAGUGAGCAGGGAAACAUAAGCACAAGUGUUUUAAUUGGAACCUAAGAUCUCUUGAAAUUGACUGCCCCUUUUUUAAAAUUACAGAGACAGACAUUUGGCUGUGGAUUCUUCCAAGGUACUUAAACUUUAUUCAGGUUGACAGGAACCCUCUACUUAUUUUACAGGUUAGUCACCUCUGGUCCUCAGUGAGGAACUGUCUGAUUCAUUGCUCUGCUCCUUUCUACUUGCUUGAAUUUUAGUGUGAGGAAUCUAGGAGGGGUUAGACUUCAGUGAACUUUCAAAUUGUUAAAUUUUGCUUACAGGGCAUUACUGAAAUCCAAUUCUUAUAAAAUCCAAUUUCUUAUACAUUCCUGUGUUCAGCACAGCUAACUGACACAGUUAAACAAAAAUUCUAAACCAAAAUUAUUUCAUCAUCAAGAUUUAAGCGAUGAACACAGUAAAUUGAAGUUUUGUGUUUUGUAGUGCAGAAUGAGGACCAGUAAAGGUACUUCAUCGUCUAAGGCUAAUACAUAACAUUUUUUAGUUAUUGGGAAGAGGGAAGUUAAGGUACAUUUUAUAUAGGGUUAUGCUGAGUCAUAAUGUUGCUUUUAAAUGAGACGGCCAUUUGGAAGAAGAAAAAGUCUAGUAGAUCUGUCUGAAUUCAUCUUAGAAAUAAAAUGGUUAAAGCAAAAAAAAAAAACAACAAACAAACAAACAAAAAACCACCACCUGGGAAUGAGGACUUUACCCUUUCUCUUGCUCUGUACUUCAUCGUCAAUUGGUUGAGUGCUGCUGUAUGGGAGAAGACUGCACCCAAACCAUUACUCAUACAUUUCAUUAUAGCUGUUCUUACUGUUCACAGGCUGGAAAGCUUUUCAGAAUAGGCUACAGGAAAAUUGAUUACACAGAUUUGAUUUUAACUGAUACAGUGAAUCUUUUCUGGGUGUAAAAUGCAUAUUUUCCAUUCAUGCUUAUUCAUUGCACGCAUUUUGAAAUGUUGAAAUGAGGUGGUCUCGAAAGCUAUGGUUUGUAUCUGCUUCUGAUUGCAAAAGCUGAGGUUCAGGUGAAUCAAAAGUGGUGUUGCUACGUUGAAGUUGUGUCUGCCAAAUUCCAAUGUGGCACUUGCAUUUUGGAGCAUCUCCUUGACUCGUGCAGCAGAUUGCUAUGCUCUCUGCCCCAUGUUUCUCAUUUCUCUGUAAUGACAAAGAACUGAUACCAUCUCUUUGCAGCCUUCCAGCCUCUGUUCUUAAACAUGUCAAGCUACUCAAUUUUAUUGCAAGAGCAAUGAGAAAAGCAACAGAUUCAGUGAAGAGUAGAAAAGAAUAUCCAGACUCUAACCUACAUCUCAAAUGGUGUUGUUUUUGUUGUUUUUUGUUUGUUUGUUUGUUUGUUUUUCAAUUCUCCGUUUACUUUUCUGUAAUUCUCCCCUUACUGGCCUGUUUCUCACUAUCCCUGCAAAAAAUAGGUCUGUAGUCUGUUUUUUCAGCCCUUUUAGAAGUGCUACUGACUGGUUAUAGACCAGAGGCAGUAACCAAGUGCUUGGCUUUCUUUCUUUGCAGAAGUUGCUAUAAAGCAGGGCCUUUGAAAUGGUAGGGCAGACUUCUGCUAGCUAGUUCUGAAUUAGGUUGGUUAUGUUACGUGGUUGUUAGUGUUGUUAGAGCUGGAGAGUCUGGCAACUUCUUUUAGAAUAGAAAUCUGUGAAGAAGACAAUAGGUGUGAAGAGUGCAUUUGGCUAGGACCUGCCUUAUGGAGAAGAGUAAGGUGUCUUGGCCCUGUUGUAGAAAUAAGUUAGUGUGUUUUAGCCUUUGGCAUGGUUGUUUGGUGUUUCUUAGUGCUGUCAGAUUUCCUUGAACUUAAUGGCAGGGAAGAGAAAUGAAAGUGAGCAGUUAAACAUUUGCAUUCCUAUUAAAUCAUAGAGUUAAGCUCAAUAUUGUGAGUCAAUACUGAUUCCUAGGCACCAAGUCUGGGAGGUAGAGUUCCUCUGUUGUUGUCACUUGGGUAAAGUUUAGGUAGUUUGCUAAUUAAUGGUAGCUUCCUGCAGAACAUCCGCAAUGGGAAGCCGACAGCAGUGCUGAGUAAGUACAUUUCCAUGGAACUGUGACAAAGUCUUUGGCUUUACACCUCUGAGGGUAACUACUGUUCAUGGAAAAACACCUUGUUUACCUCAAUUUUCUUGUUAAUUCUAAAAAGUCCCUCUAAAAUUGUUUUGCCAAGCACAAAGUAGCAGCUCCUUCGCGAAUGCAGACAGUCUCUAAGCUGCAUGCAGAGGAUUAAUAUUUUGCACGAACCAAAGCAGAGUUUGAGGAUAACUGAAAUCUCAGCUGCCCUUUGGGAUUGCUGGGUUACUUUUUUUUUUGCUGCUUGCAGGAAUAUUUCAGGGGAUACAUAAAUGUGGAAACUUUGUUGCUUCUUAGCUCUGUCCUUAAUUGUCUUAACAAUUGCAGUGUAAUGAAUGCUUGUAAAUAGGUUCAAAAUAGCUCUGUAGAGUUGCCUGUGCUUUGAGUCUGUUGACCUUUUCUGUCAAGACCUUGCAGGUGGUUGACCUGCAAAAGCUGUAGAAAGAACUUGCUUCCCACUGCUUGAGUAUGUCCCCGGUGCAGAGUACCUCCAGCUACCAGGCACAGGGACGAGGGGCAAAGCUGAAAUGUAGUUCCAAUCUUGAUCAACCUUGGAGUGCUUGCUUGCUCUGUUUGGGUGAGCUUAUUGUAGACUGCAGUUUAGACUGCAUCAAACUUCAAAUAUAUGCUCAGAAAUAUAAAUCCAGUCAUUUUUAUGAAGGAUACAUUUUGUCAUAGAAGCUUUUAUUACCAAAAGGGGAUUAAGAGGCAUUGUGAGAACUCCUGAAACUCUUUAGUGGAAUGUACUGUAUUUUUGCAAUGUAGACUUCUAGAAGCAAUUGUCAUCUCCAUGAUAAGGACUUAGCUUGCUCUGAGGUCCUUACUGUAACUACAUGUAGUUGUGAUUGUACUUUCUAUACCUGUGAUUUUUUCUGGUUUGGGGUGUGUGGAAGAACAGAAUAGAUACUUAAGUCCUAUUUUUGCCAUCUUCCAGGAAAUGCAAUGUACUGAGUAAUUUUGCUACUAGUGAAAUGAGAAUCUAUACCUGUAUGUAUAUAAGGUAAUAUAAUCAAAGUUAAACCUGGUUUAAAAAUAGAUUUAAUGUUUGGCACAAUGUCCUUGAACAGAAUAUUUUGCUUUGAAAUGUAUUAUUGACAUAAUCAGUGAUCAAUUAAAAAUAAAUAAAAAUCA